UAUACUCAUAAACUGUAAUCCAUUUUUCUUUUUCUGUCCAGCUGAUUGCUGCCAUUGUGUUCCUGAGUUUUGGUAUAAUUUCCAGUUUCCUGUGUCUUGUGAUUGAUGGCGUUUUCAUCCUACUCAACAUGGAUAUGCGUCCAGUGAAGGCUGGAAGAUGUCAAUUCUACACAAGCGGAAAUGGUUACAUCUAUGAGAACUACUACGCAACAGUUCCCUGUCAAGGACUAACAGAGUCCUGUAAUAUGAAAGUUCGCAGUGGAACGUGUUACUGUUGUGAUUUGUAUGAUUGUGCCAAUGGAGGAUAUCUGAAUAAUUACUAUGAGUUUGUUGGUGUGCAGAGCUGUCAGGAGGUCUUCUCUCUAUAUGUUCUCCUCUGGGUCUUAACCACGCUUAACCUGCUGGCCUUCGUGUGUGGAAUCUUGACCACUGCUGUACUGGGCAGUAUCAAAUACAUGGUAAGUCACUGAGAGAGUGAGAGAAAAAUGACUACUCCACUCUAACAUUGUGAGCCAUUCAGAAUUUGUUUUUAAACUUCUACAUUUUAAGAGUUAACAAACAAAGUGCAAAUAAAGAGCAGUAAUUAGAAUUUUGGUCCAUUGCUCCAAAUCAGAAUUUUGUCCAUCACUGCUUUGCACAUAUCUGAUACUUGCCGGAUUGUAUGAUAUUUUGACAAAUUUACACUUUCCAAAAUCCAAAAAGAUCACCAAUGAUUUAAUAAGCUGUUUUCAUACUAUAAAAAUCUAUAACACCCUGACGAAGGCUUGCUUGGGCUGAUACGUGUUGGUGUCUUUUUAAUAUGUAGCCCUGUCUUAGAAUAAAGGCUUUUUACCUUGCUGACUAUGUGAGAUCCACCUAUUAUUUUGGACAUU